AUGAUGGCCAAGGAGGACUUUGAGAAUGCCCGGCAGCUGGAACCAGACCCAGCGAUCGACAAGGAGCUGAAAAGGCUGAAGCAAGCCUACUCUCAGCACGAUGCGAAGGCCAGCGACCGAGUCAUGCAUGACUCAAAGUUGCCCAAGCUUGCGCGUGCACGAUGCGUGGUUCUAUGCUGA